GCUGCAGUGCCUUGCAGGAAGUGGCACUGGUAGGUGUUGCCAGUGCUAGGACGAGGGAAGGUGAGACGAGACUCGUACACGUCCAGCAGCUGACUACAGGUGGGAGCCUCGGCACCUCAGUACUCGAUCCUCACACUUCCAAGGCGUGACGCUUCGCACCUGACACACUUUCAGCAUCCUUGUGUGUGGAAGGAAGAGUGCUAGCCUGCACCUCGACUUGCUCCAUCCCGACUGGUAUGUUGUCACUGUGCUGCGAAGGCCAGCUGUCCCUGUCUCUGCCUAGUUUCCUUGGCUGCUGCUGUGUGACGCAGCUUUUGUGAUUCCUCGAGUGGCCAGCAGUGAUGGGUGACCGAGGCCGUGAGCAGGGCAGGGGCCGGGGACGAGGACACAGCCAGACCAUCAAGAACUUGGAACGUGCUGCUGCUGACAUCCAGAACAUGCUGCAGAAUAUGAACACAGAUGAUAAAGGUUCUGGCUCAGGUGGAUACAAGAAAAGGGGUGGAGGAAGCAGAGGAAGCAAGUCACUGAUGGACCUCAGUGGGCAGGGCAGCCAGCAUCGUGGCAGAGAACCCAACCCUUGCCAUCCAGGUCCUCCCAACCAGCCCUUCAAUUAUCCAGAACCACCUAAUCCAGAGUACCAUCACUAUGGCUCACCAGGCCCUUACCAACACCCAUCAAAUCAGGGGCACUACCACCAAGGUCCACCAGGUCAGGGGCACUACUACCAAGGCCCACCAGGUCCGAGGCCCUACCACCAAGGCCCACCAGGUCAGGGGCACUACCACAGUGUUCCCCCAGGUCAGCAGGCUUAUCCAAGAAGCUAUAGUGAGGGUCCCCCCAACCAGUAUCCUCAACCACCUCCCUCCUAUGAGGAAUCCAUGGGCCAAUAUGACAGGAAGCCCCCACCACUGAUGCAAAACAAGUACAAGGGACAGAGAAAGGCACCCAAUCAAGAAGCAUCUAAGCCAGUGCACGCACAGGAGUUGGUGAAAGCACUGGCCAUGUUUGAGGGCCAGAUGGCAGACUCUGAGGUGAUCAGCAGGCAGAUUGAAAGCAGCAUUGAGGAGGUUGAGAAGGUGGUGAGGCAGCGCAAGGAUAUAUUUGCACACAUAAAGGAUGGCAACAAAGUGAUGGUGGAGCUGGUCCCCAACAUCAAGCUUUGCACACACUACCUUUCUGAGAAUGGCUGCACUGCACGUGACUCCUGCAAAGCUCUUCACUUGUGCAGAAACUUCAUCAUGACUCGCUGUGACCUGGGGCCAUCCUGUACGUUUGGGCACAAGUUAGAUACCAAUCACAAUAAUUCAAUUCUCUCAAAACUAUAUUUGGAUUUGAUCAAAACACACAACUUGCUCCUCAUCAUCAAAAAAGUGUGCCGAGGAAAUGCUCCUCCCAAGGUGUGUGGUUAUUACAGCACAAAGGUUGGAUGCAGGAAGAAGGACAACUGUAAGUUCCUGCACAUUUGUAAAGACUUCGUGAUGAAUGAUGGAAAGUGUCCUACCAAAAAUUGUCCCUUCAAUCAUCAGCUGACCAACAAGCAGUGCAAGGCUGUGCUGAUCCAGCAUGGCAUGUCCACUAACGAGAGCAUUCGGGACAUUUUGUUGAAGGUGAAACAGUGUCAUGAGAGAAGUGCAGGCUGUCAUUCCUCCCCUGCACCCAAGCGAGGCACAAAAAAUAGAAAGGAAGAGGAAAGUGAAGACAGCCAAGACUCAGACUCAGACAGCUCCCAGGAGGACUCGGACAAUGCAUCUGUCAAGAGGAAGACAAACAAGACUCAUGGCAAGACCAAAGAGAAGGGUUCAGAAUCUAAGAGAAAGAAGGCAACAAUUAGAUCCACUGAUUUUUGUGGUGAUGUUGAAAUUCCUGAAAUUUGCAUAUAUGCAGUUAACAAUAAGUGUCUCAAUGAAAAAAGAGGCUGCAAGUAUCUACAUGCCAAAAGUCUCUUCCAUUGGCAGGUGGAAAAGGACAAUAAGUGGUACAAUUUCCGCAUAUUUCAGUCCAAGGCGCUGGAGAGCGCUUACCGAGAUGUGUCCAAGAACAGCAUCACCCUUCCCCACAUUGAUGCUGCCAGACUCGUCACUGAUGGCAAAAACAUACUGGAAAUCUUGGGACCAAACACCUGGACGGCCAAUUUCAGAGAAAUGUGCAUUGGCGAUCCUGCAGGCAAACAGCUGAACAUCAGGAGGGUGGCCACCCCGUCAUCCGCCCUGUCUGCCCUGCCUCAGGCCACCGUGUACGAGUGGUACUUUGAGGAUGAGCAGGGGAAGUGGAUCCGCUACGGUGACGUGAACAGCUCGGGCAAACAGGACCUUGUGUGCAAAAUAACCUCGGAAGACAUUGAGAAGCAGUAUGUGACAGACUCAUCCACAACAAUGGUGAUAUCCAACACACACUUUAAUUACAAAAUUGACUUUGCAGCCAUGACCCAGACUAACCUGUCAAGCACCAAGGUGAGGGAGAUCCGUCGCCGCCCCACACGCCUCUCCUAUCAGAAGACUGGCACCACUACUGAUGCUCCUGGCACAGCCUCCCCUGCUGCUGCCCCCACCAGCAGUGACGGCUCCUCCCUCCCAGCACACUGGCAGCCCAUGAAAUCCCAGCAGCCCUACUGCCUGGUGACUCUGAAUCCAAACAGCACAGAGUUCCAGGAUGUGUGUAAGAGUAUCAAGCUGAUGAUCCCAACGGCCAAGAUUUGUGAGGUGCGCAGGCUGCAGAAUGAGUACCUGUGGCGCCUCUUUCACUACAAGAAGGCUGACCUUGCUAACCGGUACGAUGACGUUACCAUGAAUGUGCAGCAGCUUUACCAUGGUACUGACCCGGACUUCAUCGAUGCAAUCUGUAAGGAGAACAUUGAUGGACGUCGCUACGCCAACAUGAAGGACAAAUAUGGGAAAGGAACUUACUUCUCCAAUAGUUCUGCUGUUGCUCGCACCUAUUGCACUCCUGAUGCUCAAGGACAUCUGUUCAUGAUCCUGGCCGAGGUGAUCAUUGGCUAUGUGACCUUGGGCAACAAGAACCUCAACAAGCCUCCACUGAACAACCUCACCAACCACCCCUAUGACACAACGGUGGACAGUAUGGCGGCCCCAACUGUCUUCAUCAAGUAUUACAAGGAAGAGUAUUAUCCAGAGUACAUAAUAGAAUUCACUGUAGAUGGUGAUGCGAAGACAGACUCUGCUUGGGAUGCAGCAGCAGGGUUUGUUAAUGCUGCUGUUGCUGCUGCUUGGUAUGGCACCAACCACAAAUGAAAUGAAAAGUUAUUAAUUUUGUAUUCUAAUAUUUCAUCUUAUAAUUGCUCAGCAAACAUACACCCUUGAUAUUUACUAUUAAAUAGGCCAAAAUCAGAUGUAGCUGUGCAUGUAUGGAUAAUAGAGGAAGGGUAGGGAUAGUGGGUGCAGGUGAAUACCAGUGCAGCUGGUCAGGAUUCUGAUCUUAAGCUCUAAGCGAUAUGCAAAGUUCACUGCAUUUUGCCUUUGAUUAAAUGCUUCCAUAUAGCUAUGUGAAAUUGACAAGCUGUUAAUUUUCUCAAGGUUAACUGAUGUCAUUGUGAGUGACACAGAGGUGACAGCAGUAAGCAAGGUUCUUUACCUGAGGCUGAAAAUAUUUUGGAGAGCUAUAAGAGAUUCUCUAAGUGUGAAUAUGUGGAACAUUAGAACAUGUUUGGUUUAAGUAAAUAUUCAUCACAAGGAGCUACUGCUGAAAAUGUAACAUUCAUGCAGCACAACUGGGGCAUCUAAAGGAUGAAAUUUGUAUAAGGAAUUUGCAAAAAUUUGGUAUUUUUGUCACAAUAAGACAGACUGAUAAGUAAGAAUUCCUGUGUGAGUUUCAUCCAUUAUUAAUACUCUUAGGUAUAUGUGGUGUAUGUGCAGAAGAAUAAUGAUAAUAAUAAUGAUAAUUGUGAGGAUCUCUGCCUCAUGUCCACUUUUUGUUGUGCAGUUUUAUUGUUGAGGAUUACUGUGUCAGGUGGCUGCUUUGUGGGGAAAUUUAUUUUACAAUAUAUUUUUUCAUUGCCUAGAGGAAUUGAUUCUAUAUCAUUAAGUGUAUUUUGAUGGCAGCAUUGCCAUCAGGCCCCAGCUUAUCAAAAGUCCCAGUGUAGGAAUGUAAAUGAAGAAAAUGUUAAUAACCUACAUGCCAGGCAGAGACCUGCCUUAAAGGAGGGAGCAACCAAGAUGGGAAGUUGUAAUGCCUUGUCUCAUUGUAGGAAAACUAUUCAGAUGAUAAGAUUCCUAUUCUCUUCCUCAUGUAAUGAGAAAGCAUGUGUCCACCCCACACUGUUAAUGUGGUAGUCAGCACCACACUUAUCAGCUGCCACCAGCCUGUGUGUGUGUCUGUGUAGAAAUCAUCACACGUUGGACAAAAAUGCACUUCAAUAUAUUUCUCUUCCACCUGUAAUGAUUUCUACACAGCAGAUCUUGUGCCUCGGUGUUAUCUCUUCUGAGCAACACUUUGUAGUAGCUGAGUGAAGUGAGUUAAGGUAUCUGGGCACUAACAUGUUGGUCCCAACAAUGGUUCAGUUAGCCAUGAAGUCUGUGUAAAUGUGUGUGUGUGUGUGUGUGUGUGUGUGUGUGUGUGUGUGUGUGUGUGUGUGUGUGUGUGUGUGUGUGUGUCUCACGUGGAGCUCAGCAAACUGAUGAUAAUAAUUUAGGUGAACAUUGAUGCUAUUGCAUUAUCAUCAUUGUUUCAUUAAGGUAUUUAAGAGAUGACAAGAAAAAUUACUUAAAAAUUGUGGUUAUGUUCUGAGGACAAGCCUUUCUCAAAAUGUAGGUCUGGAAGCAACAGAUCAAACUCUUGAGUGGGGAGUUCAUAACCUCAUUGAUCUUGACUCCCGUCUCCCAAGUGAGGUAAGGCCAGCUAAGUCAGGUCAUUCCUCUUCUUUGUGUGGCACGCGUACUUCCAUUAUAGUCACCACGAUACAUUUAUCAUGGACUGCAGGAUAUUGGUAUGGCCAUGAUAGAUGUGUAGCUCAUGGAUGAGGAAGACUAUUAGUGCCAGAGCAUUGCCCACAAGUACCAUUUGUUGUGUACUGAGGCACAAGAGGGAGGCGGGAUCUGUACUUGAUGCAUGCUUCCAAUGCUUCUGCUUGAGGAACAGGGAAGAUUAAGAAAGAGGUAGUAGAGUUAAGUAAGCAUUGAUGCAGCAGUGAAUGCAGAGGCUGGGGCUGCACAGGCUGUGUUGCUGCUGUGCUUGUGGCUGUGCUUACUGAAAUAUUCUGUGAUGCAAUUUUUUGAGGAUGUGUCACUUAAAAUGUUUUAUUUGAAACAUUGAAUGGAUAGAGUUGAUUUCCCCAUGAAAUAUAAAUUGUUGAGAAUUUGUGGAAUAUAAUUACUAUAUUAUGCAAGCUAUAAUAGUAAAGCAAUUCAUCAUCACAAACAAAGUGAGAACCUGGAAGCAGCUGCUCCAGUCACUGCACUGCAGGGUGCAUUGUUGAUCAAGGCUGAAAUAUAGAAGUAGGGAAAGAUUACCAUGCAGUUUGUUUGUGAGGGCAACAUUUGUAAUGCAGUCAAUGCUGGACAUAGCAAACUGCUCAGGAAAAUCAGUUCACUUUGUCUGAUUGUCACUAUAGCAAGCAAUGUUAGCAAACAUUGUUACAUAAGGGGAGGCAUUUAUUAAUUCCUCCAAACAAAACACAUUUGUUGAUACCUAUCCAAGCAACAGCCACUCUAGAUACACCAAGUUUCUGUCACAUUUAGUGAAAACUUAAUUUUCUAUAUGCAGUUACAUAAGGAAAGUAAUUUCUUAAUAACUAUUCAGACAAUAGUCACUCAGAAAUACCAACUUUCUGCCACAUCUAGUGAAAAUUAAUUCACUAUUUGCAAUGGUUAUUUCAGAGGUUUGGAAAGUUUGGUAUCUUCACCUCGUAUAACAAUCCAGAGUUUGCAAAGUUUGGUAGACUCCAAGUGUUUGUUGUAUCCUGGAUCCAUUGUACCAAGGGUUUAUUUCAUAUGGUAUGCAACCCUUUGACUGCUACAGAUUCUCAGCUUGAUAUUAUCGUAUGGUGCAAGUUUAGGCAACAAUUUUGAGAGGCAGCACUCACAGCAAAAAUUAUCAUAUAUCUACUAAGUCUUUUAUUAUUUGAUUUUUCAUGAGUAAAACUGCAUACACACAUGCCAUUAGUAGUCACAGGGUUAAUUAAACAGUUGAGUACUCAUUACUCAGUGAGCUAUCAAGUAUAUGUAUGGUAGCUACACACUGUAGGAUAUUUAGCAGUCAUAAUGAUGGGAUGUGGUUUUUGGUUUUGGUCUGUUAGUGGAUCUCUGUUGCUUCCUGUGAUGAAUCAAUAACUGUAUUAUUGUAGUUAUUUUUUUAUUUAUUUAUAUUUUUUUUUUUUUUCUUGAUUUACUGUUUGAAUUGGGAUUUCUCUCUCUCUCUCUCUCUCUCUCUCUCUCUCUCUCUCUCUCUCUCUCUCUCUCUCUCUCUCUCUCUCUCUCUCUCUCUCUCUCUCUCUCUCUCUCUCUCUCUCUCUCUCUCUCUCUCUCUCUCUCUCUCUCAGAUAUAAACAUUUCACCUUUAGAAAUAUUGAUUAAGUUUGCAUACUAAAAAAAGUGGACAUGGAUUGCUUUUAUCUGUAUUAAUCUUCCAAUAAUGAUCUACCAGCACA